CGCCCGGUCCCAGACCCGGUUGCAAGGCUGUUCGCGAAGGCGGCUGCUUCUACGUUUCUAUACGGCUGGCCGUGCGGCCCUGCGAUAGUCUGUAGAGGAUGCCAAAUGAGAGGAUCCCCCACUCAAGUCAAACUCAGGAGCAAGACUGUUCACAGAGUCAGGAUAUCAGUGAGAGUGCAGAGGGGACAAUCAAGCAGGAGAACGAUGGCGACGUGGAGCUGGGGGAGAGCCUCCCCUCUUGUUCCCCUGCUAAUGGACCCUCCACUUCCGCCAAGGGGUAUCCCUCGGAACUUCCGAGGAGAGGGCCAGCCCUGCUGCACAUCAACAGACAUCAGAUCCAGGCGGUGGAGCCCAGUGCCCAGGCCCUGGAGCUGCAGGGUUUGGGUGUGGACGUCUAUGACCAGGACGUGCUGGAGCAAGGGGUGCUUCAGCAGGUGGACAGCGCCAUUCAUGAGGCCAGCCGUGUGGCCCAGCUUGCCGACGCAGAGAAGGAGUAUCAGUCAGUGCUGGACGACCUCAUGUCAUGUACGACAUCCCUAAGGCAAAUCAAUAAAAUUAUUGAACAACUUAGCCCUCAAGCUGACACCAACAAAGACAUCAACAGGAAACUAGAUUCUGUAAAACGACAGAAGUAUAACAAGGAACAACAACUGAAGAAGAUCACAGCAAAACAAAAACGUCUCCAGGCUAUCCUUGGGGGAGCAGAGGUAAAAAUUGAACUAGAUCAUGCCAGUCUGGAGGAGGAGGAUGCAGAAGCAGAGCCGUCCUCCCUCGGCAGCAUGCUCAUGCCCGCUCAGGAGACUGCUUGGGAAGAGCUCGUCCGCACUGGUCAGAUGACACCUUUUGGUACCCAGAUCCCUCAGAAGCAGGAGAGAAAGCCCAGAAAACUAAUGCUCAACGAAGCCUCAGAUUUUGAAAAGUAUUUGGCAGAUCAAGCAAAACUGUCCUUUGAAAGAAAGAAGCAAGCUUGUAAUAAAAGAGCAACUAAAAAAGCCCCGGCCUCGGUCACUUCUGAGCUGAGCUCAACACUCAAUGAAAACAAACCAGACAAGAGAGGCAAAGUUCUCUCGAAAACAGAUAAGCGCUUGAAAAAACACAUCAAGAAACUCCAGAAGAGGGCUCUUCAGUUCCAGGGGCAGGUGGGAUUGCUAAAGGGAAAGAAACCCUUGGAGUGUGGUGUGAGGCCAAAGGCAGAGGGAGACUCUGAGGAUGAAGUGUCCGAGUACUUGCCCACGGAGUGGGAGCAGGGGGAGGCGGCAGGGACUGACCUGUCUGGGGAAGACACCGACUGUGACCGGAGACGGGUGCUCAGUCGCCAGAAACGGCAGAAGAAAGUCACAGUGCAGGAGAUUGAUGAUGACUUCUUUCCAAGUUCUGGGGAAGAAGCUGAAGCCGCAGGAGGAGGAGGAGGAGGUCGGAAAGUAGUGAGAUGCCGAGAUGAUGGAGAUGAAGAUUAUUAUAAGCAGCGGUUAAGGAGAUGGAAUAAACUGAGACUGCAGGACAAAGAGAAGAGUCUGAGGCUUGAAGAUGAUUCUGAGGAAAGUGAUGCCGAAUUUGACGAAGGUUUUAAAGUGCCGGGUUUUCUGUUCAAAAAGCUUUUUAAGUACCAGCAGACAGGUGUUAGGUGGCUGUGGGAAUUGCACUGCCAGCAGGCAGGAGGAAUUCUGGGAGACGAAAUGGGAUUGGGCAAGACCAUCCAGAUAAUUGCCUUCUUGGCAGGUCUGAGCUACAGCAAGAUCAGGACUCGUGGUUCAAAUUACAGGUUCGAGGGGUUGGGUCCGACUAUAAUUGUCUGUCCGACGACAGUGAUGCAUCAGUGGGUGAAGGAAUUUCACACGUGGUGGCCUCCGUUCCGAGUGGCAGUUCUGCACGAAACUGGGUCCUUUACCCACAAAAAGGAGAAACUAAUUCGAGAUAUUGCUCAUUGUCAUGGGAUUUUGAUCACUUCUUACUCCUACGUUCGACUGAUGCAAGAUGAUAUUAGCAGGCAUGACUGGCACUAUGUGAUCUUGGACGAAGGACACAAAAUUCGGAAUCCAAAUGCUGCCAUCACUCUUGCUUGCAAACAGUUCCGCACCCCUCAUCGCAUCAUCCUGUCUGGCUCACCGAUGCAGAAUAACCUCCGUGAGCUGUGGUCACUCUUUGAUUUCAUCUUCCCGGGAAAGUUGGGCACGUUGCCUGUGUUUAUGGAGCAGUUCUCAGUCCCCAUCACCAUGGGGGGGUAUUCAAAUGCCUCCCCAGUACAGGUUAAAACUGCUUAUAAGUGUGCAUGUGUUCUACGAGAUACCAUAAAUCCAUACCUACUGCGGAGAAUGAAGUCGGAUGUCAAAAUGAGCCUUUCUUUGCCAGAUAAAAACGAACAGGUCUUAUUUUGCCGUCUUACAGAUGAGCAACAUAAAGUCUACCAAAAUUUCAUUGAUUCCAAAGAAGUUUACAGAAUUCUCAAUGGAGAGAUGCAGAUUUUCUCUGGACUUGUAGCCCUAAGAAAAAUCUGCAACCACCCUGAUCUCUUUUCUGGAGGCCCCAAGAAUCUUAAAGGAAUUCCAGAUGAGGAACUAGGGGAAGAUCAGUUUGGACACUGGAAACGUUCUGGGAAAAUGAUAGUUGUUGAGUCCUUGUUGAAAAUAUGGCACAAGCAGGGCCAACGAGUAUUGCUGUUUUCUCAGUCCAGACAGAUGUUGGACAUAUUUGAAGUAUUCCUUAGGGCCCAAAAAUAUUCCUAUCUCAAGAUGGAUGGUACCACUGCGAUAGCUUCAAGACAACCACUGAUUACAAGAUACAAUGAGGACACAUCCAUAUUUGUGUUUCUUCUGACCACUCGGGUGGGUGGCCUAGGAGUCAACCUGACGGGGGCAAACCGAGUCAUCAUCUAUGACCCUGACUGGAACCCAAGCACAGACGUGCAGGCCCGGGAGCGAGCGUGGCGGAUAGGCCAGAAGAAACAGGUGACGGUGUACAGGCUUCUGACCGCAGGCACCAUUGAAGAGAAGAUUUACCACCGACAAAUCUUCAAGCAGUUUUUGACAAAUAGAGUGCUAAAAGAUCCAAAGCAAAGGCGAUUUUUCAAAUCCAAUGAUCUUUAUGAGCUGUUUACUCUGACUAGUCCUGAUACAUCCCAGAGCACUGAAACAAGUGCUAUUUUUGCAGGAACUGGUUCAGAUGUUCAGACACCCAAACGCCAUUUAAAAAGAAAACUUCAACCGGCUUUUGGAACAGACCAGAACGUUCCAGUAGGUAAAAAGUUCCCUGGUUCUAACACAUCUGCAAACGUUGCCAUGUCAUCUGAAGAGAAAUCUACAACUAUAGGACCUGAAGUGAAUGCAGUAACUUGUAAUCUAGGUGAUCCUUUGAAAGAUGCCCCUCAAACAUCUUGUAGUCUAACUAACAGUGAGAGGCUUGGAGAAGAGACAGAUGCAGUGUCCAGACUGCAGGAUUCCUCAGUGAUUCAUGGAAACGGGGAAGGUUCAGAUUCUCCAAGAAUCAGCAAAAUGUACAGGAUGUCUGGUGAGGAAAGCAUCGAUGAAAAGGAGGGUCUUUCUGAUAAAAGAGAAAGCUGCCGGGUUCAAACAGAACCUCUUUGGGAGAAUGAGCAAACAGAAAAUAAUUUUUAUAAGCACAAGUCGAAAAUGAAACAUCAUGUGGCAGAAGAAAAGACCCUGGAGAAACAGCUGAAGCCGAAGCAAAAGCUUAAGAGCUCUAAGCACCGCAGAGAUGCCAAGUUUGAGGGAACUCGAAUUCCGCACCUGGUGAAGAAGAAGCAGUACCGGAGGCAGGACAAUGAAAAUGAGAGCGAGCCCAAGGAACGCAGCCACGACGACUACGUCCUGGAAAAGCUUUUCAGAAAAUCAGUGGGUGUGCACAGCAUCAUGAAGCAUGAUGCCAUCAUGGACGGAGCCAGUCCAGACUACGUGCUGGUGGAAGCAGAGGCCAACCGUGUGGCCCAGGAUGCCCUCAAAGCACUGAGACUCUCUCGGCAGCGGUGUCUGGGAGCAGCAUCUGGUGUUCCCACCUGGACCGGCCACAGGGGGGUGGCUGGUACACCAGCAGGAAGAAAGAGAAGAUUUGGUCAGAAAAGGAACUCCAGCUUCUCUGUGCAGCAUCCCUCUUCAGCGUCUCCAAAGGAGAAAUGCCAGGACAGCACUAUGAAAAAGGAUGGAAAAGACAAUGUUUCAGAGCAUUUUAGAGGAAAAGUUGAAGAUGCAGAGCCUUCAUCCGGGGCCCUCACUUCAUCCUCACUGUUGGCUAAGAUGAGAGCUAGAAACCACCUAAUUUUGCCAGAGCGCUUAGAAAGUGAAAGUGGGUACCUUCCAGAGGCUUCUGCUCCUCCGCCUUCCAGCAUGGAACACGAUGACCUUCUGGUAGAAAUGAGAAACUUCAUUGCCUUUCAGGCCCAAGUUGAUGGCCAGGCCAGCACUCGGGAGAUACUGCAGGAGUUUGAAUCCAAGUUAUCAGCAUCACAGUCUUGUGUCUUUCGAGAACUAUUGAGAAAUCUGUGCACUUUUCAUAGAACUUCAGGUGGUGAAGGAAUUUGGAAACUCAAGCCAGAAUACUGCUAAUCAAUGUUACCUUCUGAACUUUAAAUUGACUUUUUCUAGUGGAAAUUUCUGAUUAUUAAUCUUAUGAUUAAUAAUCAUGUUUUGUCAAUGGAAGUUGGCUGCAUUUGAUGUUUACUCUGAAUGAUAGCUACCUCAUAAUUAAAACUUUAGGGAGGAAGAAGUUCUUCUCUGAAACUUAAAAAAUACCUGGAUUUCUUUUUUUUUUUCCAAAUACCUGGAUUUCUUUUUUUUUUUUUCCAAAAUUAAUUAUGAAAUCAGGGACCUAACUGUUAAUUCUUGGAACACAUUUGUUCUUUUACCCAGAAGAUGCUGUCAGGGAAUACAUUACUACUCAUUUAGAAGUUUAUAGACCAGAACUCUCAAGAAUUCUUUUUAUUGGUGCUAAAAUCAUGUCUUAUAUUCAGUUAGACCUGUUCGGUAAAUCAGUUCAUCAGUAUCUGAUAACAGAAUUGUUUUUGGUACCUAGCUUUUAAAUGUUUAAAUCGAUCAUUUGCCACCCAAAAAAGAGAUCAGACUUGUUACCUUUUGAGUCCUAUUAGUUGCCUUUAAACGAUCUUCUGUUAAGGUACUGUUAAAUUGACAGGUAUUUUUAUUAGUAAAGCAUGGAAUAGCUUGAUAGUAAAUGAUGAGACAUGUAUUUUCAGAAACUUGUAGUUUUCUCAGUUUACAGUGGCUUUAUUUUAAGCAAAGGGCACCUUUCCCCCCCACAUAGUGAAUAGUGGUUUUAGGAAAAUAUAUGUUAUCUUAAAAAAAAAACUCAAGCAGAACCAAAAGUAGGUACAAAUAAAACCACCAAUGCACACACACAUGCACACGGACGUUGCUCCAGACCACACCCGGAUAUUCCAUCAUCACCACAUGGUGAGCACCAUUCCAGCCCUCUCUCUGCUUACAUCCUGGGCGGGAACUUUGAACCUUUUUUACCUUAUUCAUUGUCUGUCUUUCUAAGGAUGCUGGUAACUUUAUAUCAGACAUCAUUGUUCUCCUUCUUCUGUCCAGUCAUCUUCAUCUCUCUUUUCCCUUUCCGUUUGCCGUGACUCUCCUGUUCUAGAGGUUUGGUUUUCAGCUGCAUCUGUUUCUGGCUGUUGUUUAUGUGUUUAGAGUUUUGUGAUGAUGUUGUUUUGAUCCUUAGUUUGUUUUCUUAGCGUUGUUUUUCUUUCCUUGUCAUUGUUUUAUCAUCACAGCUCUGAAGUCCUGUUUUCUGAAGUUCAUUGGCUUCCUUAAAUGUCUUCUAGAGCUGUCACGGUGCAGUUUGUUUCUUAGAGUUGUUCCCUCUGGCCUGCUGUUUUCACUCUUUCUGAUUUUUCUGUAUUGUGCUCUCCUUCUUCCCAUGCUGUUUCUUUACAUCUAGCUCAUGCUAAAAUCAGGCAGCUGGGUCCAGAUCUGUAUGCUCUUCCCUGCCACCCAGAGAGAAGGGGUGUGGGUUUGGAGGUCGGGGGGAGCCUCUGCUGGGCAGCAUGCAGCUUUUGUUGGAGGACUUGGGUUUUACUUUUCUGUUCUGAGAUUUUGUUAAAUAGCUUGGGCCAUGAAUCCUUCCCCUUAGAUUAGGAGAUGUCAUUGUCAGAGUCAUAAUUCCCACCAGAAUUUUCUGCUUCUUUUUUUGGAUUCUGGCUUUUUUAUUUUAUUCUGUUUUUAGAGUGGUUCGGUAUUAGAGGAAGAAGAUUCUAUUAUUUUCUUCAUUCUGCCAUCAUUAUCUAGAAAUAAUAGAGACUUUUAAACAGGUCAGUACAUCCUAAACUUGACUACUUGGCUCAGAAGGGAGUCAAAAUUAAUGACUUUUGUUUCUGGGAGGUUCUUUUUUAAUUUUUAUUUUUGUAAUCAAGUCAUUAAUUGAAAUGUAAUCAUCAUUUCAAUUAAGAAAAUUGCAUCCCUUUUGUUCUCGGAUUAAAGUACCAAUGCAGUUCACGAGUGUGAAGUGCUUUGGCAUCCUAGCUCUGUUGUGUGAAAUCUAAGCUCUACCAAGCUAGGGAAGUUGUAGCCUUCUCAUCAAGUAGAAAAUGCCAGCAAAAGUUAUGAUACAGUCACAGCAAGGUGGCCUUCACUCCAAGCUUUGUCUCAGCUCUGCCACCAGCUGAGACCUUGGGUAGUCACUGCCUUGCCUGUGUCUCAGUAUGGAUAUCUGUAAACAUCGUCAUCGUGCCCCUGGGUGGAGAGACUUAGAGGAAGAUGCUCUAAGUCAUGGUUUUAACAACAUAGAGUAACUUUUUCAUUUAGAUAAUAUCUAACUUUUGGAACUUUAAAAGCUUUGUACAAUAUAGAUAAUGUGUUUAAAAUGUUAUAUGGUAUUAAGCUACAAUAAAGGAUUUUAAAAUUUUGUGAAAUUUUAAAAAUUCCUUAGUUAAUACAUGAAUAUACUAUCACUCUUUAAAAACUUUCAAGCAGUACUCUGCCUCCCCACCCCCUCUUGUUCGUGUUCCAGAGAUAAGUACUGUGUUUGGUGUGUAUUCUUCCAGGCUGUUUUCCAUGCCUUUACAGAUGCGUGCAGCAGAGACUGCUGCUGUAAUGUCUGUUUCCCCUUCUCCUUUACUGAUAAGAUUCCUGCUUUUUACCUGGACACGUGGCUGCUCAGCUCACGACUCUACUUGCCAGCCUCCCUCAUGGUUAAUUGUGGCCACGUGACCAGGCAAUGGGCUACGAAGAGAACAUCCAGACUGGGCCCUUAAAUAAGGAAUUGGGUGUCCACUCCAUUCGACAUUCCCCUUUGUGCUGGCCGAGAUGCCUGUGGGAGCUUUAGCAGUGACAUGCGGUGGGGAGAGGUCGUGUGCUGAGGAUGGAGACGUUGGCCUGCCAGUGUUGAACUGCUUCCCUUUCACCCGUUAAGAGCAAAAUAAAUUCCUGACUUGUUUAAA